UCCUCCCCGCAGCACAGGAGCAUGGUGUGCUGCAGAGCCGCGGGUCAGGCGCCGGCAGCCUCUGCUGACACCAUCGCUGCUCCUCCACACUGACGUCUCCGGGGGAAAAAGGAGAGGAAAAGGCUUUUCCACAGCUCCCGGGCACAGCAGGAUUGGGAACAGCUCCCGGGAUCAAACAGGGAUAAGGCCGGGGCGUGAUGGAGCUGCGGCGCGGGAGAGGGAUGCUGAGGGACCGGCUCCCUGCUCUCCUCCUCCUCCUCCUCGCCGCGGCCUGGCUCUGGCUGCCGGCGGAGGGGCGGCGGCCCCCCCGGCCCCCUCCUUGCCCCCCGACCUGCUCCUGCACCCGGGACACGGCUUUUUGCGUGGAUUCCAAGGCUGUGCCCAAGAACCUGCCCCCCGAGGUCAUCUCGCUGACGAUGGUGAACGCAGCCUUCACGGAGAUCCGGGAGGCAGCCUUUGCCCACAUCCCUUCCCUGCAGUUCCUCCUCCUCAACUCCAACAAGUUCUCGCUGAUCGGGGACAACGCCUUCGCCGGGCUCUCGCACCUGCAGUACCUGUUCAUCGAGAACAACGACAUCCAGGCGCUCUCCAAGGGCACUUUCCGUGGGCUCAAGUCCCUGACACACCUGUCCUUGGCCAACAACAACCUGCAGACCCUGCCCCGGGACCUCUUCAAGCCGCUGGACAUCCUGAGUGACCUGGACCUCCGUGGCAACACGCUGGUCUGCGACUGCAAGAUCAAGUGGCUGGUGGAGUGGCUGGAGAGAACCAACACCACGGUCCCUGCCAUCUUCUGCAGCAGCCCCGGGCAGUUCGAGGGGCAGCGGAUCCGGGAUCUGGCACUCAGUGACUUCCAGUGCAUCACCACAGAUUUCGUGAUGCACCAGGUCCUGCCCUUCCAGGCGGUGUCAGCUGAGCCCUUCACCUACGACAGCGACCUGUACGUGGCCCUGGCACAGCCCAGUGCCAGCAGCUGCUCCAUCCUCAAGUGGGACUACGUGGAGCGCAAGCUCCGCGACUUCGACCGCAUCCCCGCUCACUCGGCGGUGCACUGCAAGCCCAUCGUGGCGCAGGACCAGCUCUACGUGGUGGUGGCCCAGCUCUUCGGCGGCUCCUACAUCUACCGCUGGGACACGGCCGUGGACAAGUUCAUCAAGAUCCAGGACAUCGACAGCCAGAAGGUCCGCAAGCCCAACGACAUCGAGGCCUUCCAGAUCGAGGGGGACUGGUACUUCGUCAUCGCCGACAGCUCCAAGGCAGGCUCCACCAGCCUCUACCGCCUCAACCAGAACGGCUUCUACUCCCAGCAAGCGCUGCACGCCUGGCACCGCGACACCGACGUGGAGUACGUGGAGAACGACGGCAAACCCCGGCUGAUCAUCUCCAGCAGCUCCCAGGCGCCCGUGAUCUACCAGUGGAGCCGGGCGCAGAAGCAGUUCGUGGCGCAGGGGGAGGGGGAGAUGCUGGACGUGCAGAUGGUGAAGCACUUCAGGUCCAAGCGGGACCAGUUCCUCUGCCUCAGCCGCUACAUCGGCGACUCCAAGGUGGUGCGCUGGGAAGGGCAGCGCUUCGUGGAGGUGCAGACGCUGCCGUCCCGCGGCUCCAUGGUGAUGCAGCCCUUCGCCGUGGGGCAGUGGCAGUACCUGGCGCUGGGCAGCGACUUCUCCUUCACCCACGUGUACCUGUGGGAGGAGGAGAAGCAGAAGUUCGCCAAGUUCCAGGAGCUGUCGGUGCAGGCGCCGCGGGCGUUCCGCUAUGUGCCGGCCUCCGACGUGCAGCUCCUGCUGGCCCCCAGCUUCAAGGCCAACACGCUGGUGUACCGGCACGAGGUGGUGAACCUCAGCCUCUAGCCCGGGGUGGGAGCCCCCCCAGAGGGACGCCACGUCCUGCCCGAGGACAUGCAUGUGCCCGCCGUGCCCUGACCCACGGUCACAGCCCGCUCCCAGCCCCAAUCCCGGCCCCUCUGGUGUCACCCACCCCCAGGGCAGCCCCCAGACCCACAGUGCCUCAGUUUCCCCCUCCCCUCAGUGCUCCCGGUUUCUCCGUGUGCAGCCAUCCCCUGGGAUGCAGGGAAGGAGGGUGGGUGGGACAGCCCUCACACCCCCGGGGGGCUAAGGGGGCUGAGGGGUCUCUGCCCGCUCGGGUGAUGGGCUGAGGGGGGCACAGAGUGGGGGGAUUUGUACGGGAAGGGUGGGGAGCUCCCGGGAAUUUGGGGUGUUCCCAGGCUGACGAGGUGCUCCGGAGUGGAUGGGAUGGCUGAGGUGUGUGGGGUGGGAUCGGGAUGCCAUGAGGACAACGGGAUGCUCUGAGGUGGAUGAAGGUGGGAUUCCGAGGAUGACACGGUGCUCCGAGGCCAGGAGGAUGCUCCGAGGCCAGGAGGAUGCUCCACGUCCAGGAGGUGGACGUGGAUGGGAUGCCCUGAGGACAAUGGGAUGGGAUGCCCUGAGGACAAUGGGAUGCUCUAAGCCACUGAGAUGCUCCAAGGAUGAUGGGAUGCUCCAAGUUGGAUGCAGAUGGGAUGCCCAGAGGACAAUGGGAUGCCCUGAGGACAAUGGGAUGCCCCAGGCCGGCAGGAUGCUCUGAGGUGGAUGCCGAUGGGAUGCCCCGAGGCAGCAGCAGGGCUGCCUCCCAUCCCCCUCCGUGCACAUCCAGCAGCUCCCUGUGCCCAUGGCCCCGCUGCCAGGCGGGUACCCGAGGUGUCUGUGCCCACCAAAACACCCCCCAAUAAACACACUGUGACCCCCA